UGAGAAUGCGACGUAUAAAUCGCAUGGAAAAAGCAUUCACUGAACGUGACUUAUGAGUUCAUAGGAACUUUCAAAUAUUAUACUCCUAAAACUUUAUGUAGGAAUUUAAUAGGCCACGAUGGAAUAAGGAAGGUGUGAGGGCAGUGUUGGCUGCCAUGGAAGGAGCUCAAGAUCAACAGCAGCAACAGCCGCCCAGGGUGGCGGAGGGCCUGAAUCCCGCCGUUCAACAGCAACUGAACCUGGAAUCCGUCAAAACCCGAGCCAUUAGUCUAUUCAAGGCUAUUUCUCGCAUCCUCGAAGACUUCGACCCCAUCGCUCGCACCAAUGCAGUCCCCAAAUGGCAAGAUAUUCUGGGGCAGUUUUCUAUGGUGAAUCUCAAGGUUUUUAACAUUGUUGAAGAUAUUAAGAAGGUUUCCAAGGCUUUCGUUGUACACCCCAGGAAUGUAAAUGCUGAGAAUGCUGCAACAAGCAUGCGAUCAUUGAGGAGCCUUGGCGCAGAGGUUAGAGUUGUGCCGUGUGACUAGGGAGUCAUGGGUUGUCGGGUUCAGCUUUGGAAAAAGCCUCGUGCAGAAAAUGCAAAGUAAGGCUUGUGGAGCUCUUAGAGCAGCAGCUUCUCCUUCUGGGACUACUUCCCUUGAUACUACAACAGCAUCCCCCUUGCCACAUGUCAACUCACCUAGGUCUAGUGCUAACAUGAUGAAUACACCAUCUCCUCAGCAACAGAGCCUUCAGCAACAGCAGCAUCAACAACAGCAGGAGCAGCUGCUCCAGCAGAGGCAGAGAAUAAUGCAGUUGCCUCAGCAUCAGCAGCAACUUCUUGCCCAACAGCAGCUUAGGCAAGCCUCAAUGCCUGGACUGGGACAGCUGCAUGGUCAGCCUCAGAUGCAUUUCUCUCAGCCACUGGGAGCACAGCAGUAUCAGGGCAGGCAACUACCAUCUGGUGCCAUUCAUCAUGGUAUGGGUCAAUGUCAGCUCAACCAAGGAAAUAAGCUGAAUCGACAUUUAAACCAGUUUUCUAGUCCUAUGAAUACUGCACUAUUCAAUUCUGCCCAAAGCACACCUAACUCUCAGAUGAUCAGUAAUAUGUCAGCAAUGAUGUCAUCGCAAACUCUUCUGCCACGAAUGCAGUUUGGAAUAUCUGGUGGAACCAGGAAUCUUGCUGCUGCAAACCUGAGUGAUCAAAGUAAAAGCGCCUCCAUCUUUCAUGUAGUUCUGUUCAAAUGGAUUUGUCUUCCUUUUUAAGCCCGGCGAGAGAAUGUUGUAAACCAGAUAAACGUGCAGCUUGUUUCUAGUUGCAAAACGUUUGUUCCUAAACAGGGAUGACGUUUUCUCUGCAGUGUUCAAUAUGAGUGGAAACAAUCCUGGUAUGAUGCCAAUCCAACAACAGCAGCAGCAUGAUGUCUG